AGUGUUGGAAUACUAGUGGGGGAAGUGUGUAAGGAUGUCUGCAGGAAAGAAGCUAGUGCUGUGAGGGUGGGGUUUUGGAGGAGGGACAAACUCAGAGUUUGAAAAUGAAUGAUGUGUUACAGAGUAGACCGAGUGGCCAGCAUAUUUUGUGUCUAGCGGCUGACAGAAUACAAAGCACGCUUACGCAGUCCAGAGAACCGGCAACCAGAACUGAAACAAGAAGUUUGCCUACUAGGAUGCACUUGACUGUGUGUGAGCCUACUGCCAUGUCCACAGCUAUGGACCCCCCCAGGGAAGUCAGCUACCUGCAUUCAUCCUGUGGCACUGGGGACAGCAUCGCCUCACUGGAUGACGUCGCUGUGGAUUUCAUAGCCAAUGAGUCAUCAGAGGAGUCAGCCGGUGAGCGGGAAGAGGAGAUUGGGGCGAACACUGAGCUCACCAACAACCUCGCAGACAUCCUUACUGAACAGCCCACACACACAGAGACUGUGAGUGCCCAGCGACCAGACUCCCUGUCCCUGGCGAUGGCUGAGCCAGAGCGGUGGACGUCCAGGGGUGAUGGGGAGGUGACGCUGCGGAUGGGGGAGUCGGGCUUUGCAGCUGAGCCCCCACUCACUGUAGACCAGAUGUUUAAAACUGCAGUGGAGAGGUUUGGCAGCUACACCGCGCUGGGCUGGAAGGAGGGAGAACAGACGAAGACCAUGAACUACCAGGAGUACUACCAGGCUUGCCGCACCGCUGCCAAGAGCUUCCUCAAGCUUGGCUUGGAGCGCUACCAUGGGGUUGGCAUUCUGGGCUUCAACUCUGCUGAGUGGUUCAUAUCUGACAUUGCUGCCAUUAUGGCUGGUGGGUUUGCAGUGGGUAUCUACACCACCAACUCCCCAGAGGCGUGCCAGUACUUAGCAGAGAACUGCAAGGCCAACAUCAUCGUGGUGGAGAACCACAAACAGCUACAGAAGAUCCUACAGGUUCAGGACAAGCUGCCACACCUGAAAGCCAUUAUCCAGUACAAAGAUGCACUUAAAGAGAAGAGACCAAACCUCUACACGUGGGUAGAGUUUAUGGAGCUGGGCCGUGAUGAGUCCAACUCUCAGCUGGAUGACAUCAUCGCUACCCAGAAACCCAACCAGUGCUGCACACUGAUCUACACAUCAGGGACCACGGGCCAGCCCAAAGGAGUGAUGCUCAGCCAUGACAAUCUGACAUGGACAGCUUUCGCCGUAGGCCGCCAUGUCCGGCUAACAGAAGCCACCAAGUCUCAGGAGAUAGUUGUCAGCUACCUGCCUCUCAGCCACAUCGCUGCUCAGAUGGUGGACAUCUGGGUCACCAUGAAGGUCGGAGGGGCAACCUACUUCGCCCAGCCAGACGCACUGAAGGGCUCCCUGGUCAACACGAUGAGAGAGGUGCGUCCCACAGCCUUUAUGGGCGUACCACGCGUCUGGGAGAAGAUGCAGGAGAAGAUGAAGUCCGUCGGGGCCAAGUCGUCCACUGUGCGCAGGAAGGUGGCAGUCUGGGCCAAAGGAGUGGGGCUGAAGACUAACCUCAGCAAGAUGAAUCAGAAUGGAGCUAUGGCAAGGACGCCCGUCAACUACCGCCUAGCCAAGAAGCUGGUGUUCAGAAAGGUCCGUAAGGCCCUGGGUCUGGACCGCUGCACCAAGUGUUACACAGGUGCAGCCCCCAUCACCAAGGAUACCCUGGAGUUCUUCCUCAGCCUGGACAUCCCAGUGUACGAGCUGUACGGAAUGAGUGAGAGCACUGGACCUCACACCAUCUCUCUGCCCAACGCAUUCCGCCUCACCAGCGUUGGGAAGUUGAUCCCUGGCUGUGAGACUAAGAUCCACAGUCCUGACCAGGAGGGCAAUGGGGAGAUCUGCUUCUGGGGGCGCCACGUCUUCAUGGGCUACCUCAACCAGGCCGACAAGACAGAGGACGCCCUGGACGCAGAGGGCUGGCUGCACUCUGGAGACCUGGGCAAACACGACGACAACGGCUUCCUGUUCAUCACUGGACGCAUCAAAGAGCUGAUCAUCACAGCGGGUGGAGAGAACAUCCCUCCAGUGCCCAUUGAAGAUGCUGUAAAGGAGGCUGUGUCGCUGGUUAGCAACGCCAUGCUCAUUGGAGACAAGAGGAAGUUCCUCGCCAUGCUGCUCACCAUUAAGUGCCAGGUGAAUGGAGACACUGGUGCUCCUGAGGAUGAGUUGACUCCAGAGGCCGUAGAGCUGUGCCGAAAGCUGGGCAGCAAUGCCACGCGAGUCUCAGAGAUUGCCGGCGGACGUGACCGGGUCAUCCAUGCCGCUAUCCAGGAGGGCAUCAACCGCGUGAACGAGAACGCCACCUCCAACGCCCAGCGCAUCCAGAAGUGGAUCAUCCUAGACCAGGACUUCUCCAUCACUGGGGGAGAGCUGGGCCCCACUAUGAAGCUGAAGAGACCAGUGGUCAUGAAGAUGUACAAAGAGCAAGUAGAGCAUUUCUACAAAGAGGUGGUGACCCCAAGUACCCCUGACAACUCCCUUCCCCCCAAAUAGGCCUGGGAUAAAGGCCCUUGCAGAGCGAUUCAUAGAACCGCAACAAAAGACCUGCAGCCAGAAGUCUCUCACACAUACGACACACACGUACACCACCUCAUACAGACCACCACUCCCUGUGCAGUUCCCGUUUACUCCUGUGAAAAUGUUUUGUUAGUUUCUGCUUUGGUUAUUGGGUUUUUGUUCACAUUUGUGGGUGUUCUAAAGAAAAACUAAGGAAGAACAUCCAUGAGAAGGUGUUGUAAAUCUUUGAUUUUUGAAGAUGAGUUAUUGAUGAGCUUAUUUCAGCUAUUUAUUUGUUUUGUGAUGAACAAUAAUACAUGAUAGAUGAAGUAGUUGUAUGUCAUGAGGCAUGGUUAAUGUGCUUUGAUACUUGAGACUAAAUGGCAUAGUAUCCAACAUUUCCAUAGGAAAUGGUAGUAGAAUUUUGGCCUACAUUUUGAAAAAACGUUACUCACAAUUAUUUAUUUUUCUUUUGCCAAAGUCAAUACUUACUUGGGGACCAAAGACACAUUGGAUGUGAAAGAAUUAUCCAGCUGAAAACUUCCAUCUGUAGUCUUCACAUCCAGUGUUCGCUCGUCAAAAAAACGUUUCCUAUUUAUUAUUAUUGUUGUUUUGCUCUGUCUGCAUUGGUCUGGUUUCAGAGUUUUGAUGGAAGUAUAUCAUUGUUGUAGCACGGUCCUAAAUCAUAUAUGCAGUUCUGCAAUAAGACAAGUCCAGGGAUGGCCAAUGACAAAUUAAGUUGUAGAUUUAGUUAAAGCCUUGUUGCCAUAAGCAAAUAGCUCAAUGUUGAACUUCUGCACCUACCUUGUCCUACAGAGGGCAUCCAAGUCACUUUUUUCAACACGAUGGAACCAUAUCAUUCAAGCCAUAUUAUUUUGUUUGUAUCCAAUGUGUUAUGUAUUUUGACAUUGUCAUACUAUCUGUGGAAUUGCCUGGUCUUGUUGGAAUGUUUUAUAACGAUUCUGUGUAAAAUUGUUGUGACCAUUGUUAAAUACUGUAAAUAUAUUUUGCCUACAUUG